AUGCCAACAACUCAAACACUCAAGAUGAGCCUCCAGCGCUCCAAUGUGACCAUAAUACACCCAGACCUGGGUAUCGGUGGCGCAGAGCGACUAAUCAUCGACGUCGCUCUAGCCCUACAGAACCGAGGCCACCGCGUGACGAUCUACACCUCCCACCGCGAUAAAUCACACUGUUUCGACGAAGCACGCGAUGGUACGCUGGACGUCCGCGUGCGCGGAAACACAAUAUUCCCUGCCCAUGUCUGUGGCCGGUUGCACAUUCUCAUGGCAGCACUGCGCCAGCUCCACCUGACAGUCUCCCUACUCAGCGAGCUCGGUUCAACCACAGAAAAGGCCGACGACCGAGACGAGAUAUUCAUUGUGGACCAACUAUCUGCCUGCGUACCGUUCUUAAAGUCCUUCGGCCGCCCGCGCAAGUCCCGACUCCAGCGCAUUCUGUUCUACUGCCAUUUUCCGGAUCAGUUACUUGCGCGCCGAGAUGAGGGCGGCUCGCUACUUCGUUUAGCGAAGAUGCUUUACCGGUUCCCAUUUGAUUGGUUUGAAGGUUGGGCGAUGAGUGCGUCGGAUCGGGUCGUUGCCAAUUCGAAGUUCUCCCGUGGUGUCGUCCGUGGUGUCUUUGGCUCGGAUCGAUUGGGUGAUGUCGAAGUGGUUUACCCAUGUGUUGAUAUGGAUGCGGGGACAUUACCUGCCAAAACAGACGACGCUCCUCUGUGGGGUGGGAAGAAGAUUCUCUUGAGCAUAAAUCGCUUCGAGCGCAAGAAGGAUAUGGCGUUGGCCAUUCGCGCCUAUCAUGGACUCGGGGCAGAGAAAAGGAGGGGGACGCGACUGGUGAUUGCUGGUAAGUCAUGUUUCUUGCUGAUGGUGUAUCGCUCUGACUUAUCUGAAAUAGGCGGUUACGACAAUCGUGUACCGGAAAACGUUCAAUAUCACCAAGAGUUGGACAAACUUGCCACUGGACUUGGAAUGGAGACUGCGACCUCUAAGACAGUCGUCUCUGCACUUUCACUCCCUGACUCUAUCGAUGUUCUUUUCCUUUUAUCGGUGCCUACUGCAUUCAAGGAUACUUUGCUUGCCCAAUCCAAGCUUCUUCUCUAUACCCCCAUCAAUGAACACUUUGGCAUUGUACCAGUCGAGGCGAUGCGGGUUGGUCUACCGGUAUUGGCAUCAAAUACUGGAGGCCCGCUGGAAACAAUUGUCGAGGGCGAAACGGGCUGGCUCCGGGACGCACAUGCCGACGAUGAGUGGACUGCCGUAAUGGAUAAGGUCCUUUACGGAUUGGGGCAGAAAAAUAUUGAGCGCAUUGCUGCUGCAGGCAAAGAGAGGGCCCAGCAGCACUUUUCCCUCACCGCAAUGGGGGAUAGGCUGGAGGAAGAGAUUUCUAUCAUGCUCAAGGCUGAGAGAAGGCCGUUCAAUGGAUGGCAGCAAGUAUUUACUAUUUUGGCUGUUCUUGGGGCUAUCUUCAUAGCGAUUGCUGCAGUAUUAUUCCGAGCGAUGUAA